AUGUCUUAUAAUCUUUCAGUUUCUGAUUAUUCUUCCUUCAUCAUUCCUGAAAUAGAAACGAUUGAUUAUAGCUCACUGUUUGAUCUUCCUUAUGACUCUUCUUCUUCAUCUUAUUAUAAUCUUCAAGCUUUGUUGAACAACAAUGGAAACCAACCACAAAACCCAGACCAGCUCGAAAACCUCAACUUUCAUCAAACAACCCAGUUUCAAUCUCCGACGAGUCGACGAAAUUCAGACGAUGGGUAUCAGAAUUUCGACAGUUUGAACUCUUUGGAAGUGAAAACCCAAGGAUCAAAACUGGAUUCAUGUUCUGUUUACAAUGAUGAAAAUGUAGCCAAUUUAUCAUCCCAGAAUUUUCAAGGACAAGCUUUAAGCUUACCGGAGAACAACUCUUUUGCCAGAAAGAUGAAAAAUAUGUUCAGCAAUGGAGAUCUUGAGAAUUCGUUCAUGGGGGAAUCACCAGGGUUCAAAGUAGGACGAUACAGCCCAGAAGAGAGACAAGAGAGGAUUUCAAAGUACAGAGCAAAGCGUAAUCGAAGGAACUUCAACAAAACAAUUAAGUAUGCAUGCCGGAAAACGCUAGCCGACAACCGUCCCCGUAUACGUGGCCGGUUCGCGCGUAACGAUGAAACUGCCGAGAUUCCGAAAGCUGCAUGUUCAACCAGAGAUGAACACGACUGUGAAUUAUGGACAUUGCCUGAGGUGGGAGAUGAAACAGUGGCAAAAGGAACAUUUACAAACAGUCUGAGCUUACAUCAGUUUCAAUACAACCGCCAUGGCUGCUUCUGA